AUCCGAGGAGUAUUAAUGUGCAAACAAAACUAUAAGGAAAAAUGCGAUGAGUACAAAACAUAGAGGGACUACAGUACAAUUAAAAGAGAAGAAAACAAAAUUAAAGGGUUAGGGUUCUUGUUGUGUUCACAAACGCAAGGCACUAUGUCUGAUUCGAUGGGGGAUGAUAGCGAUGAAUCUGAUUCGAUGGGGGAUGAUUAUGUGUGUGAUUUACCAGAUUGGAGAACUACGCUAGAACCUGUGCAUAUGAAAUACACGGAUGAGGAUGAUGUUGAUGGGACAAGGUAUUAUCCUUGUAUAAGACGCCAUGAAGAUGAAGAGCCUAAGAUCUCGCCGGAGGAUGAGUGUCUCCUCAUGGAGAAGCAAGUCGAAGAGUCCAAGGGUUUUGACAUUGAUUUCGCCAAGUUCCGCUGCGUUUUCAAUUACAAACCAGUUGAUCUCGAUCUUGAAAACCAGUUCGUUUUGGAACCAGAAACCACCAGAGGGUUAAUAGACAAGCUUUCUAGGAAAUCCCUUAAGAGAUUCAAUGAAACAAAUAGUACAAAAUAUGAAUUUGUCAAGGUUAUCAAAGCCAAUUAUCACUUCUCUGCUGGCAUCAUGUUUUACAUUACCUUUCAAGGUAAGCUACUUUCCGAUGACGACUCAAAACUGUUCCAAGCUAAGAUCCGCUCUUGCGGUCGUAGCACCGAUAUUAUCUCAUGCGAACUCAAACCUGAGAAAAAAGCUACGUUUCAUCGAUAUCUUGUUAUCAAGUAAAUCAAUCGAUGCAUCGAUCAAUAUGUUUGAAAACAACUGAUCGAUGUAGGAGAAGAUAAGGCGUUGCAGAUCGGAGCCUAGUGUUUCAUUGUAUCCGAAGCAUGUAUACUGUUGUGUGAGUCGCAAUACGCUUUAACUUUGAGAGGUAUUUGGAAAAGCUGGUGAUAGCCACAAGCUAAGGAAAGAUGAAACUUGGUACAAUGUAUUUAUUUUAAUGCUCAUAACAUUGUAACAGAUCAAAGAUCACAACUAAACAGCAGCAGAACAUUAAAAUCAAGGUCAUACAUGCACUCGCUUCUAAA